AUGGAGCAAAGUCCAAUAAUUCAGAAAAAGAAAUCACAAGGUUUGGAGACUUCCCGUCCUCUCGUUCAGCAUCCUUUCUUCUCUCCUGUUUCUUCUCAAGUUCCAUUUCGUUGGCCCAUCUUGCCUUUCUUUCUCUUAUUCUCUAUCCCAGUUACUCCUCUCUCUCUCUCUCUCUCUCUCUCUCUCUCUCUCUCUCAUUCCCAGUCUCUGAUAUUGUCUCUAUUUCACUGUUUUUUUUUUUUUUUGCCUCCACUGGCUUCUCAUACUCUCUCAUUCUCAAUCUAUCUAUCUAUCUAUCUUUUCAUAUCUAUCUAUCCAUCUAUCUAUCUAUCUUAUGUUUAUCUGUUCAUAUUUAUCUAUCCAUCUCAUAUAAUGUCUAUUCAUAUCUAUCUAUCUAUCUAUCUAUCUAUCUUUUCAUAUCUAUCUAUCUAUCUAUCUAUCUAUCUAUCUAUCUAUCUAUCUAUCUUAUGUUUAUCUGUUCAUAUCUAUCUAUCCAUCUCAUAUAAUGUCUAUUCAUAUCUAUCUAUCUAUCUAUCUAUCUAUCUAUCUUUUCAUAUCUAUCUAUCCAUCUCAUGUAAUGUCUAUCUAUCUAUCUACCUAUCUAUCUAUCUAUCUAUCUCAUGUAAUGUCUAUCUAUCUAUCUAUCUAUCUAUCUAUCUAUCUAUCUCAUGUAAUGUCUGUCUGUCUAUCUCUCUAUCUAUCUCUCUCUCUCUCUCUCUAUCUAUCUAUCAAGGGAAAAGCUUACCUUGUUUCCAUCGGUCUGUGUCGAACAAGCAACAAUGUUUUCAUAUUUGA